AUGCCAAUUCAAUCUGGACUACUUCACGAAGACCGAAGACCAAACGCGGUGCCUGGUCCCAAGCUGAUGUUAUACGCAGAACAAGCAUCUCCCAUCACCAUCAAAUUACUAGAACCAUUACAGCCAGUGGCGCGGAAGCCGGAGGGAUCGCGGGCAUCGGAAGGUGCAGCAUCCGCUGUUUCCGCCUUCCAUAUCGGCUUUGUCAGUGCGACGACACAAAGCGCAUACCAGCGUCUGUUCCUCCGCGCCAUAAUCACAAGUAUUGCGGGAAGAGGUGUCUUCAGCGACAGCUACGUACAACAGCCUCUUCGAUACCCUCCAGCUUGUCUUUCUUCACUACACAACGGUCCAUUGCAUUCCAGUCGAACCCCUCCGACUCCUUCUCCUCGAUUCCUCCUUAAGCGACAACCCUCCAACACAACAAUGCCAGAAACAAGAAACAUCGUCUUCCUCGGAGCGUCAUACGCCGGUCUCAGCUCGGCGCACUACUUCCUCCGCCACAUCUACCCUCGCCUGCCCACCGAUGGCAACAUCAAGUACCGCGUCCUCGUCGUAGAUCCAUCUUCGAAAUGGUACGCUCGCCACGGCUCUCCUCGCGCAAUCGUCCGGCCGGACCUCAUCCCCCUGGACAAAAUCAUGCUCGACAUCGAGCCGGGAUUCAAGCAGUACGGCGACAAAGUCCACUUCAUCCAGGCCAAGGCCACGAGCUGGGAUGAGAAAGCCAGGACAGUCGUUGUUCAGAAGGCGGAUGGCAAGACCGAGUCGAUCGCGUACUGGGCGUUGAUCCUGGCCACCGGAACCAAGACGUUCUCGCCGCUGUUCUCGCUUCAGGGCAACAGCCAUGUUGAGAUCGAGAGGUCGUUGAAGAGCAUUCACAGCAAGAUCUCGUCGGCGAAGGACAUCACCAUUAUCGGAGGCGGCCCCGCUGGUGUUGAGACCGCUGGCGAACUGGGAGAAUACCUGAAUGGUGCUGCGGGCUGGUUCGCAUCGUCGCCUUCGCACCCGAAGGCGAAGAUCACGCUCAUCACAUCCGCCAGCAAGCUGCUGCCCGCGCUGCGCCAGUCCAUCUCCGACCAAGCCCAGGUGUUGCUCAAGCGUGUCGGGGUGGAAGUCCGCUUCAACACCAAGCUCUACUCCUCCGGAGACACUGCCGAUGGUCGGACGAAAGUCAUGCUCCAUGACGGCGAAGAGCUGGUAUCCGACAUCGUUAUUCAAGCCAUGGGCAACCAGCCACUCUCAGGGUAUGUGCCCGAGCACCUCAAGGACACCAAAGGCUACGUCGUCCAGAACAACCAGACCCUCCGUGUCGAUGCCGCGGGCGCGCGCGUCUAUGCCGUCGGCGACGUCGGAACGUCCAGCAGCGAUGGCAUCAUGGACAUCAUGGGACAAGUCCCGGUCAUGGAGACGAACCUUAAGCGCGACCUUCUCGCCGCUCAUGCCAAUGCCUAUGCGAAGCCCAAGGGCAAGGACAGGUUGUUCGAGAAGAACACGAAGGAGACGCAGUUGGUGCCGAUUGGAAGGUCGAAGGGUGUUGGCGCUAUCCUCGGCUGGCGUCUUCCGAGCUUCUUCAUUUGGAUGAUUAAGGGGAGAGAUUACAUGAUGGGUAACGCGGGUGAUAAAAUCUCGGGGAUGGAGGUGAAGAAGGAGAGUGUGUGGAAGCAGGAGGAGUUGUUUCAGUAA